AUGCUCCGCGCUCUCCCCGUCCAGAUUCCUCGCCGCUUAUUCUCACACUCUGCGAAGAUGGCAUCUAUGACUCCGAUGGAAGACCUGAUGCGCGACAAGGUGCGCCAUUCCAAGCUUUUUAAGACAAGCAUCAAGAAGAAGCUAAUUAUUCUCCAGAUCGCCCAUACCUUUACACCUUCGACUCUCAUCAUCCGAAAUGACUCUCACAAACACGCCCACCAUGCCGCGAUGGAAGGAUCAACCUCUAAAGAAACACAUUUCCAUGUCACUAUUACCUCCUCCGCUUUUGAAUCGAAGAUGCAACCCGCGCGGCAUCGAAUGGUUUAUGCCUUGUUGAAGGAAGAGAUGAGUCGCGAGGGAGGGAUUCAUGCGUUGCAAUUGAAGACGAAGACACCAGCUGAGGAGCAGAGGGAGAAGGAGCGUGAGACGCAGGCGUAA